GUUCAGUUAUCAUCGUGAUAUGACACAUUUGGAUAUCGAAAAUAUUUAGAAACAAUCGGAACUUAUGUUACUUGUUAGAAACACAUGACUUUUUCUUGGAAAACAAUAUGAAAAAACGUAUUUCGUCAUAUUAGUUGUAUUUACAUGUGAUAAUAAUGAUGAAUUGAUAAAUUGUCUCCUACUUACAAGGAAACAAUAUCUCAAGCUCUACCAAUACGAUCAAAGAAAAUAUCUAUUGAUUUGUGAUAAACCAUGAAUCAUGUUAUCUACGGGUUUAGUAGUAGAUUUACAAGCAUAACUGAAGUGAGUACCUCGUAAAAUAUUGUAGUGUAAAAUGCCAAAUAGAAAAAUUUCACGUCCGCCGUUGGAAUUAAUAGAUAUAAUUUAUCAAGUCGCUAAUAUCGUAAAGUUGAAGGAUAUACAAUAUACUAUUGAUUUUGGAUGUGUUGAUGAUAUGGACAGUGUUUUAGGAGAUGUUUUCAAAGUCACUAUAAAAGGGUACUGUGAUAAUCAAGUGAUUAAACGGAAUUUUAUAAUGAAAUGGAUUGGGGAACCUGGAAGACGCAGUGCAUUUAGGAGUUUAUAUAGACGUGAUUUUGCUUUUCAUAAGUUCGUUGUACCAAAAAUGUUGGAAACACAAAAACGAUUUCAAAUUAUCGAAGGAUUAAGAAUGAAAUUUCCCAACUGUGUGCUUUCUAGCCAAGACGAAAAUAAAGAAUGCAUAGUUUUUACUCACAUAUUAGAACGUGGAUACGCAUUUGGUGAUAGACUUUGUAAAAUUGAUUUCAAUCAUUGUUCUUUAGUGAUCAAAGCUUUAGCCAAAUUACAUGGAUUAUUUUAUGCGAUACAGAAUGUAGAUAAAGAACAAAGUGAACUACUUAAAGUUUUCUAUGAAGACGACGUACAAUACAGUGGUUCUACGCCAACUAAAAACUGUAUGUUCGAAUUUUACGAAAAAUCUGUAGACGUUGUGAACGAUCCCAUCGCUAAGAAAAAAUUGUACAACCAUACAAAAAAUAUUUUCGCCAUAUUAAGCAAAUGUGUUAUGCCAGAUCGAUUCAGCACCAUUUGUCAUGGUGAUUGUUGGAUUAAUAAUAUAAUUUAUACGUACAAGGGAUACAAACCAAUAGAAGUGAUCUCAGUGGACUACCAGAUAAGCAGGUACGCAUCACCUGUCACAGAUUUAUCAUACUUCCUAUACAUGUGUGCUGACGAGGACUUACUCAACGAUCACUAUGAAAGGUUAAUAAAUCUCUAUCACAAGACACUAGCCGCUGUACUAAGAGAAUGCUAUUUGGAUGUGAAUGAUGUAUACCCUGAACAAAUUCUUAAACAACAUCUGAAAAAAUACUCAGUGUUGGGUUUAAUUGAAGCUUUAAUAUCGUUGAAGAUUAUUACAGCUGUAUCUGAAGAAGCUAUAGAAAUGGUGAAAAUGAGAUAUGAUAUUGCUGAAGAAGUAAAUUACGAUGGGGAGUCGAACAAUGAGUCAUUAUUUGUGAAAAGAGUUAACGGUGUUGUCAAUGACUUUUUUAGAAGAGGUUAUUCUUUAGAUGAUGUUUUAGAAUAAUAACAUGAAUAAUAUGAAUAUUUAAAAUAUUACAAUAAAAUAUAUGAAUGACUGGUAGCUCAAAAUGCGUACCAACUUCAUAAUAAUAUUAGUACCUACCUAUUUAAAUAUAAUUAUUGUGCGACAGAAAAAAAGACACUUUAUGUGAAAAAGCCUAUAUAUAGGUAUAAAAGAAAUACGGUUCUACAUGCUAUUAAUUUUGAUUACAUUUAUUGAAGUGUACAAGAAAGGUUGCAAUCAAUACAUUUUUAAAAGAUGUAUAAUAAAAGUUAUAAGGUCUAUACCUAUUAAAAUUAUUCCAAAAGACCCCUUCUUGAAGCAAAGACGUGGAAUGAAUUUAUUCCGGGCAUUGCGUUUAAUUGUCUGUAACCAAUUAAUGGAAUCACCACCGAGCGCGAAUCUUUGUACACUGAACAUAACGACUGUAGGACAGAUGUCGGCAAAGGGCUUUGUUUAUGACUUACUAAAUAUCCUCUCUCCCUCUCUCAUCCUAGAUUGUAUUACGGCUGUGAGACCACAAAGCAAGAAGACUCUAAGUUUGAAAUUUAAAAUUUACAGUCUCCUAUUAUAAAUUUCAAAGAUUCGGCAGAGAUUUUAACGUGACGUGACGGUAACAACACUUUUUGGAAACAUUUUUGUAGUCUGCUGUGAAGGCUUUUUAAUCCUUAGUCGCCUUGUACGGCAGCAACGGGUGGAUAUGGAGUGGUCCUACUCUAGAACGAGAACCGCUGCCUAUAAGAAACUUUACAAAAGAACUGUGAAAUAUUUUAUUUGAACAAAUGAUUAAUCUUAAUAUUCUACCCUGUUAUUUUUCGAGGUAUUUGUAGAUCAAUUUGACUUGUCCUUUUUUUUCAUUAUCGCCACGAGUUGGUAAAAAACAACUAAAGAAAAUAUCGAAUUAACUUAGUAGAAAUUGCAAAAGCUGUAACAUUCAUUUAUUAUCAGAAAAUAUGAAACAACAUCACAAUUCACAAUAUUUGAAGUAACAACUUAAGUGGGUUUAUUCAUUCAAAGUACUUGCACAGAACGUUUUCAUAGAACAGGCAUCUUGUUUGACGAUAAAUUACAGUGAAUUUUCACUCAGCUUUAUUGGUCCCGGGCGAUAUUAAAUUUUACUUUGUUGGUGCAACUUUAAUUUAUUUUUAGUUCAGCAAAUUUUUGUUUUGUUUGAGCAGCAUACAUUUUAAAUUUAUUGUAGCUGUAAUCGGCUUUGAAGUGAACAGUGAUAUGUAUCUAGUAAUUAAAAUUUAUUAAUAGCUGCAUCCUCGUGGUAAGUUUUGGGAUCGUUAAAAUAGUAUGUAGUGUAGGUUUUGUACCAAAUUACUUUGAAAUCCAUAGAGUACAUUUUGCGUAAGUAAUUGAGACAUGUAUCUUCAAACACUCAUAUACAAAUUUUCAUUUUAUUGAUUUCAGAAUGUCUCAUUUUACAAUAAUAAGACUUUUUUUAUACAAACGAUCGAAACUAUCGAGACUUGUUUUGAAUAGAUUUUUUUAAUAACAAAAGAUAAAGGUUAGGUUAACAUUU